CUUCCCUUCUUCCCUUCUUCCCUUCUUCCUCUUCUUCCCUUCUCCUUCUCCAUCCUUACCUCUUCUUCUUCUUCUUUCUUUCUGCUUGCUUCUUUAUUUUCGCUGAUCAUCUCCCCAAUGUUUGCACGCUACGCUCGUCGCGCGCUCAACCUUGGUGCUGUUGCGGCGGCUGCGACUGCGACUGGUCUUGCGCUCUACAACUCUGACUUUAACCGAACCAAGCAGGCACUCGCAGAGACAGCUGUCCUCCGAUCGACCGAGCUUCCCACGCGCGCGCAGCAGCUCAAGUCGUUGCGCGAAACCAAGCAAUUCGACGUCCUCAUCAUUGGCGCCGGUGCAACUGGUGCUGGCGUUGCUCUCGACGCAGUCACUCGCGGCCUCUCAACUGCCCUUGUUGAACGCGACGACUUUUCCAGCGGCACCAGCAGCCGCAGCACCAAGCUGAUUCACGGCGGUGUGCGCUACCUGCAAAAGGCCGUCUUCAACCUCGACUAUGAGCAGUUCAAGCUCGUCAAGGAGGCGCUGCACGAGCGUGCCAACCUUCUCGAAAUCGCCCCGCACCUCUCCGGACCUCUGCCAAUCAUGCUGCCCGUCUACAAGCUGUGGCAGCUCCCGUACUUCUGGUCGGGCAUCAAAAUGUACGACCUCAUCGCCGGCACCGCUAACGUCAAAACCUCCUACGUCCUCUCCCCCGAAAAGACUUUGGAAGCCUUCCCCAUGCUCAAGCGUGAGGAUUUGGUCGGCUCCAUUGUUUACUACGACGGCCAACACAACGACGCUCGCAUGAACAUUUCCAUCGCACUGACUGCCGCGGAGCGCGGAGCCACCGUUGCCAACCACGUUGAAGUCCAGUCGCUGCUCAAGGAGAUUGAUCCGUCUACUGGCAAGGAGCGCGUGUGCGGCGCCACCGUCCGCGACACCAUCACCGGAGACAGCUGGGAUGUUCGUGCCAAGUGUGUCAUCAACGCUACCGGUCCUUUCUGCGAAGGUUAUGGACAUUGUUCAGCCAAGCUCUGGCGUUCACAUUGUGCUCCCGAACUACUACAGAACAUGACGAUUGCCGGAACCACGGACGCCCCCACCAAGGUCAGCGCCAACCCGAUGCCGACGGAGGAGGAAAUCGACUUUAUCCUGAACGAAGUUCGUCACUACCUGAGCCCCGACGUGCAGGUGCGCCGCGGCGAUGUCCUUGCCGCGUGGAGCGGCAUUCGCCCGCUUGUCUCCGAUCCCGACUCGGCCAACACGCAAUCGAUCGUCCGCAACCACCUCGUCCAUGUCAGCGACUCCAAGCUCGUCACCAUCUCGGGCGGCAAGUGGACGACCUACCGCACCAUGGCCAUCGACACUGUGGACGCCGCCAUCGCCGCCUGCAACCUCAAGCCCGAGCGCGGCUGCCAGACGGACGGCCUGAUGCUCAUGGGCGGCGCUGGCUACACCCCGACCAUGUUUAUUCGCCUGGUUCAAGACUACGGACUCGACGUUGAAGUUGCCCAGCACCUGGCCAACACGUACGGCGAUCGCGCCGGCGAGGUGGCGCUGCUUGCCACCAUCACUGGCCGCCGCUGGCCGGUCGUGGGUCGCCGUCUUGCCGAGGAGUACCCGUACAUUGAGGCGGAGGUUCGCUACGCCAUCCGCGAGUAUGCUUGCACGGCCGUGGACGUCCUGGCGCGCCGCACCCGCCUGGCCUUCUUGAACGUGCAGGCCGCGCUGCAGGCCUUGCCGUCGGUCAUCCAGAUCAUGUCCAAGGAGCUCAACUGGACUGAGGAGCAGUGCGCCGCCGAGAAGGCCGACGCUGAAGCCUUCCUGCAGACCAUGGGCCUUGCCGCCAACACGUCUGCGCGCUCCACCAAGGUGCCCGUCAAGUUCAACCAGGGCGAGAUUUCCGAGCUGCGUCGCGAGUUUGACCGCUUUGAUCUGGCCGGCACCGGCCACAUCAGCGCGAUCGAGCUGCGCAAGGUUCUCGACUCGAUGGGCGAGGAGGUCUCUGAAAACCAGCUGCACGAGCUCAUCUCCGAGGUCGACUUCAACCAGAACAGCACGAUCGAGUUUGACGAGUUUUUGCAGCUCAUGUCUGCCCUCCGCACUGGCGCCGUUUCCAACAGCCGUCUCGCCACGAUUUUCGACAAGGGCUCGAAUCUUGCCAACCGCAUUCCCGUGCAUCGCAGCGGCGGUGGUGUGUAA